UCGGGGGUUACCAUAACAACAGAAAAACAAUUAGAAUAACUUUGAGCCCACACGGUGGUCAGCUGUGUUUCUUUGUAGUAGUAAACAAAAAUGGCGGACGGAGCAGAUUGAUUCGCAAGAAGGAUGGAUUUUCUUUUAAUGGCGGUGUUGUAUACUCUCUUUUUUGUGGGGCUGUCGUACAUCAUUUUCCUCGGAAGGUCUGGAUAUCAUCGGGGUGGCUGGGUUGGUCUGCUCCGAAGAAACUUAUUUUCGGUUGCACAUUUUGUGAAGUCCAGUUUUCAAAGGUGCAUUCCUGCAGCUGUUUCUCGAACAGUAAACAACAUCACAACGUACAUUCUGUUUACAAGGAAUCCAUGCAUUCAACUAUUUUAUGGCUUUGUUAUUACUGGAGGGACUGCUAUAUACACCUUCAGGGUCAUCCCAUUCUUCGAUAAAAUCAAUGUAUUUAGCAUUGUUACGUAUAUACUUAUAGCCAUCAAUGUGACACUCUUUUGGAUUUGUUCCACCAGUGAGCCUGGUAUCAUUACAACCAUAGAUCAUGCUGAUUACAUGAAUGACUAUGAACCUGAUGGUGUAUAUUACACACAACCGGAAUGUUAUACAUGCAAGUUUAUUAAGCCAGCGAGGUCAAAACACUGCACACUCUGUGAUGUUUGUGUGAGUCGAUUUGACCAUCACUGCUCAUGGGUUAACAACUGUAUCGGAAAGAAAAACUACAAGUUCUUUUGCUGUUUCAUCACAAGUUCAGCAGCACUAUGUGUCUAUGUAACAUUUGUGGUUGCCGUUGUAUUUGUGUAUAUUGUGAUGUCAGACGGUGUGAUCGGCAUGCAGUAUGUAGAUCAUGAUGGAAAGCAUUAUCCAGUGGGAAUCAGAUUUCUUUCCCAGGUAAUUGUGAUUUUAACUGGCUAAUCAAUGAUCUUUUCUUCAAGAUUGCCAAGUUAAAAAAAAAACCUAACUUGUAUUGCUCAAUAUCUUUUAUUUGAAUAGCUGUCUUGAGGCUUGAGUGAAGCGUUUACUACUGUUCAUGAAUUUAUAGUAUAUUACUGACUCUUAGUCUGC